AAGCAGACGAGAUCGGAUUGGGUUUAGGGUUCUUCGUGGCCAUGAAAGGGUCGAUGAAUAAUCACGGUAUGGAGAAGAAUAAGAAGAAGAGGAGGAGGAUAGACGGCAAAGGACAGUCUCCGACAACCCCAGAGAAUCGAUGUAAUUCAGAUCCAGUUCUUCCGGACCUGAUAUUCGAGAUUCUGUUGAGGUUGCCACCGGAAUCGGUUAUGAGGUUCGCUCGCGUAUCGAAAUUCUGGGGAUCCAUCAUCAGACGUCCAGACUUCAUCGACUCGUUCCUGACUCACUCCUUCACUCAGCCGCGUUUCCUUUUCGUCCUCAGGGGACGAGACGGUAGUCGACUGUUCUACUCCUCGACGCCUUACGAAACCACGUCAUCAGAUGUUGUUCAUACGAAAUAUCUGAAUCUGCAUCCUGGUCAUGUUAUCUCGCAUUCUGUCGGAGGCUUGAUUUUGUGCGAAUCUGGUGGAACUCGAUUGGUGAUAUGUAACCCUACGACAGGACAGAUCAUAACCUUGCCCAAAGUUAGAUCUAGGAAAAAGGGUAUAACAAGCUUUUUCGGAUAUGAUCCAAUCGAUCAUCGGUACAAAGUGUUGUGCAUGACCCAAUGUGUGGCUCACUAUAAGAGUUGUAAAGUUGCAGCUGGGGAGCAUCAAGUUUUGACAUUGGGAGGAGCUCAAGAAAAAUCGUGGAGAAUGAUCGAAUGUAGCUUUCCUCAUUGUCCAGCGACUGAGGGUUUAUGCAUCAAUGGGGUUUUGUAUUACGGAGCUUGCAGUGGCGCAGAGAUGAAAGAAUGUUUUGUAGUGAGCUUCGAUCUGAGGUCUGAAAAGUUUGAUUUCAUUAGAAUAGGUGAAGGUUACAACGUGUGGCUUAUUUUUUCUACAAGGUUGAUAAACUACCAGGGGAAAUUAGCCAUAGUUGAAGGACCUGCGUAUAGUAUCGAUUUGUUGAUUUUGGAGGAUGCCAAGAAACAUCGAUGGUCGAGAAUAUCUGUUAUGCGUCAAUCCUUGAGAGGUUUAAGCCUGUGGGUGUCGGGCCAAGCAGUCAUCAAUGGUACUACCCAUACCGGCGAAAUAAUAUUUGCACCGCUCUCUUCGCGCAAACCUUUUUGCGUUAUGUUCUAUGAUAUCAAGAGAGAGAGUUUUAGAAGUGUUCGGAUUGAUGGGAUUGAAGAUCAUGGAAGAAAUUGGCAAGUGUGCACCUUCCCGGAUCAUGCUGAGAACAUCAUGUCUCUGUAAAGAGAGUUCGUUGCGUGGUGUUUCGUUCCAUUUGAGGUCCGUAAAGUAGUUGAUUGACCUCAUUAGAGUGGGAUUUUACAGAAUUUAGAUAGGAAAAGAUAUGUAGGCUUGGUUUUUGGAUUUGGUUUUGAUGGAAAGAGGAUAGUCUGCUAAGAUAAUGAAAGUUGGUAUCUGCAAAUCAAAUGGGCUGAAGCAGAACUUGGGGCAGAGGAAGGCCGUCAUAUGGUUGGAGAAGUAUGUUACAUAGACAUGAACUGACGCACACAGGCUUCGGGUUGCAGGUGGAUAGGACGUGUGAAAUUCCUGAAGUUUUACAUCAGAUGUCAUCAAUGCUAGAUUAUUUAUAGAACAUUUGCGUUUUUGAUUCUUUUACUCCUAAUCGAUGAUCCUCCAAUUAUAUAUGCAUAAAGAAAGGUUGAAUUUUUCAGCCAUGAAAAUUGUUAAAUAACAUAAGAAAGAUCCUUAGAGA